AUGUCUGAAUGGAUCAGAGCCACUCUCCGCACUGUGUUAGAGGGUCUUAUGAGUGGACUCUCCUAUCUUGUCUGGGACCUCCUCCUUUACUCCUUUCAGAUGAAUAAACGUCAGGACCUGCAGCUACAAGAGGAGGUCCUCUGCAGUCAGAUCAGGCCCGUGGCGUCAGGCAGAGCACGAGUAGUAGUUCUAGGUAUGGAUGGAGCCGGAAAGACCAGCCUGCUACGUGGUUUGGCCUCCGGUUGUCUGGAGCGAGACACUGAGCCAAAAGAGGCCUUUCGUACCUUCGCCAUCGACAAAGACGACCUGCACAUGGAGUUCCUGGAGAUUGGAGGUAAAGAGGCGCUGCAGUCCUGCGGGCAGAGUUACAUGUCCACGGCUGAGCUGCUGAUGUUCGUGGUCGACUCCUCCAACUCGCAGCUCUUCCCUGUCACUAAAAAACAUCUGCAUGAGCUGCUGGCCUCAAACCCCGGUCUGCCUUUAAUGAUUCUGGCCAACAAACAGGAUCUUCCAGGAGCUUGCAGCCUCAUGUAUCUCUAUGACGCUCUGUCCCUGUCUGAGAUCAGAGGACGCAAGUGGUUCCUCUUCCACACUUUCGUGAAGGAAACGGAGAUCAGCUCAGAAGUUCAGAAAGCUCGAGAGCUGUUGAUCCAGAUGGUUGGUGAUCACAAAUAA